CCCACCCACUCCAUUGCCAUCUCAUCCCCUCCCACCCAAACCAGCAGAGAAAAAAAGAAGAAAAAAAAAAGUCCAGCCGCCGCUUUCUUCGUUGCGCCUUCUUUGCUUGCACAAUCCAAGAACUCUAAACUCAGAGUUCAAACCGCCAAAGCGACGAAGAACAACAUCGUCGUCGUUGUCAACCCCUCCUCUGGUGCAUUCGCACCUCAGACGUCGCGAUUAAGCGCCGGUGUCUGUCAACUCUUGAUCUCGACGAGCGCUUCGUCGUCACUCCCAGACCGUCGGGUCAUCCCCACUCUCGGUUUCUCACAUCAGAACUACCAAGCACGCUGCAUGAAACGGGACAAACGACUACUACGGAUCAAGGCUGGCCAUUUCGAGUACACUACACCAUAUCCCCCGAGAAAUAUACUAGACAGCGAACAUCCCUUUGGCAUUGAUCACCGCUACAGCAACUGCCCGCAAACGGAACGUACACCGCAUAGCCUGGAAGGCUGACUGGCCCUUGGCCAACCACUUUCAUCUCCUGCUAUAUAGGAGGGCCUCUACAGAUACGACGUGUGCGGUUUCGCCAUGUCUAGUAGCGAGAACUCUCAUGGUUAUGGGCGACAGCCUGCAUAUUGUGAAGACGCAGAUCAAAACGACAACAGCAUCGAAGGCACCAAAGUUGCUGCCUCGGUCGCGCCCGGGAGCCCUGGCAGAGAGAUCUCCAACACUAGGAGGGCACGAAGCAACAGAUCCAUGCCAGAGCCACUGUUGUCUCCUUCGUCUGACGACAGCUCAGUCGCAUCCAGCAGUGGAAGCGGGAGCGGCAGUUCCUCUGCCGACCGGCGGGCCCAUCGAAAGCCCGAUGUCAGCAGGCGCAAGUCGACCAGGGAUCAUCCCAAAUCACCAACGUCGAAGCGAGUGACUUAUGCCGAGGGAUCGUCCAGAUAUUACAGCGCCGCCCCAGAAGGACACGGCUCAAGGUCUCGGAGAUCAAUACACCAGGAAGACGCCGCUUGGUACGGCCGAAGCCCAGUUGAUGCCGACCCCUUGAUAAUGCCAGGUGUCUCACGUCCACGUGCUGGUACUGGGGAUCCCUCAUAUCGUCAUUCCAGCUACCACGUAAAUACUACCUCGCGACCACCACUGGCCAACGCGAGGUAUGCAACUCACCAUCCCAUUCCUCCACACCAAAUGCCACCGGGACCUCCUCCAAUGGCAGGAUCUUUCCCACCACCUCUGUAUCCUCCACCACAGGGCCCUCCACAACCAUGGGGAAUGCCCCAUCUUGUACAGCACAUGCACCCGCCGCAGCCGCCCCCGCCGCCGUCGAUGGGAGGAUACUUUCCGCCGCAGGAGCCGAUUCGGUCUCUAGAAAGCCGUUUCGAAUCCAUGUCAAUGGGACACAGUCGGUCUGCUUCCGCGAUGGGUCACCGCCCGGUUCGCUAUGAUGAUGGGCUUUACGACCAGGAGAAUCGUGCUCCUGCCGUUUCCAUCCAGCGUCGGUCAUCUGCAAAAGCUAAAAAGCGCGAAGAACAGGCCCGGUUGGAGGACAGGAUGCGUAUGCCACCUCCGCCCAGGCCGCACUCAACCGCCCCGAGGCAAAUAUCUACCGGCCCUUUUGUCCCACCUCGAGGGCCCGGCGAUAACCCAUUCACCCCUCGCACGCCGACAUCUGCUGAGCUCGAGCCCUUCAACUAUGCUCAAGAGCGCGCCAGGAUGCGGCGCCCCAGCGUCAGUAGUCGACGCCCAAUGAGUUACGACCAUGGGGCUUACCAAACCGAGGUAGCUACCACAAGGCCUGAUCGGAACCGCCGGAACUCCUACUACGGCGGCGGAGCUCCGCUCGAGAACAAGACGGCAGACAAAAUGGCUGCUGCGCAGGCCUAUCAAGAUGCCGUCGAAGGCGGUCCACCGGCCGCCCUGACAGCCGAGGCAUUGCGAAAGGCAGAGCGGCGGUCACGUCCUGCUCCGAGCAGCCGCUCGACACGCAGCUCCGCCAGUCGUGAGGAGAGCGACUUUGUGCAGAAGUCAGCCACUACUCGGACUACGCGAUACAGCGACGAAGGCGACGAUUUCACCGUUCGAGUUGUUGGGGCCGCUACCCUCAAGAUGGGCGGGGCUGAGUUGCAGUGCAAGGAGGGUGCUGAAAUCAACUUCUCGAGGGGCAAUUCCGCCGCCAUCGGCGAAGGAAGCGACAGGUCCAGCUAUAUCGAUCCUGCUGAUGAUCGCAGGGUUAGCAGGCCCGCCAGGCCGACGACGUCUCACAGGCCCCGCACAUCUUCUCACGUCGGUUCCUAUAGCAGAGCUGGUGGCUAUGAAAACUACCUGGAGUAUGACACACAGCCAGCAUCUUACCAACAUCGCAUGCCGCCACUGCCUCCUCCAGCCGACAAUUCUGGAAACCCCUACGCACACUACAAUUACCGGGACAACUACAUCUGAUGGCAUCGAGUUUUUAUUUGGUCGUUGUUUUGGUUAACUGUACAAGCUUGGUUUGAAUGGUUCAUCUAAACACCCACAUCGAUUCCAUCACACACUUUUGGAGCCCAGGUCACGGAAACAACUCUCACCUCUUCUCUUCUUCGCCCCUCGGCUGGACACUUUCUAAUGGCAUUUGUAACGACGUAUGAUGACGACACUUGAGCGACUUUUUACUUUUAUUCUCUUCUACACCUGGAGUAACCAACACUGUUGCGCAUAAAACGGUCACAUCCUUGGAAUCUUCCCCCACCCCCCUUUUUUUCUUGAUUGCGUUGCGAGCGGCUUAGUCUCAGACAUGGCAUGUACAGAUUGUUGCCAGCGACUAAUUCAUGCGGCGUCUGGACUUCCGCAAGUAUUAUGUGGUUCCGUCUUGGAUUUGUUUACCCCUGACACCUACCUAUGUAUCUCCUAUAAUUUCCUACCUCGCCUCGUUGCGACUUGGAUGGAUAAGGGUUUAUAUAUGAUGAGACGACGACAAAGGUUCUGAAAAAGGCCGGCCGCAAUGUUUUGAAAACUAAUAGCGAACCGUGCUGGAACGAUUCCACCUGGCCCUAUACCCAUCGUUUGUUCUUUUUUCCAUGCUCUCUACUUGGACGGAAUUUUGUGCGAUAUAUUUGUGUAAUCUUUCAGAUUGUAUACAAAACUAGCAAACACGCACGGCUCUAUGGGACCGAAAACCUGAUCUGUUUUCUUGUGUACAUUGCAGAUACGCAGAUUCUCCGGGCAUAUGUUUCGAUUAGGCGCCGGUUGGGCAACAAUUGGAAAGAUGAUACUUCGCAUUGUUGGUCCUAGACAGCGGCAGCGCAAUCUUCAUUGGCCCUAUUACUUGCCAGAUAUACCCCAAAACUCAAUUAAACCAAUCCCGCCCCUGUUCGCCCGA